ACCGUGCCGAGAAUCUGCAGCUCAAUGAGAGAGUGAUCAGCUGUCUCAUCGCUGAGAUACUAUCCUGGUGGGGACAGAUCGGAGCUCGGAACCAGGGUUACUAAGAUCUUCCUCCAUGUCCGCAGCACCCCCCUCCAGCCCCAGCAGUGUCUCGGCCCCGGCUCUGGUCCAGUUCCAGCUCGGCCUGUUCAGAGAGGUGGUUCGAGUCCCGGCUGGAAACCUGAGCUACCGCCAUGCCAGGAGGCUCGCUGCGGAGAUCAUCGAGCGCAAGGCUCCAGAUUGCAGUGUGGUCGGCCUCGGGGAGAAGGUGCUGCUCUUCAGACAUGACUCCUCUUCAGAGCAGCUGCUGCAGCGCUUCACUGACGAUGACGAGCUGCGGGACGGAGACCUCAUCGAGGUCAUCGUCGCAGGAUCAGCGACAGUGACUGAGAUGAGGAUCCGCCCCCACUCCCUGGUGGUCCACUCGUACCGGACCCCCACCUUCUGCCACCACUGUGGGGAGAUGCUGUGGGGCCUCGUCCGACAGGGACUCAAAUGUGACGGUUGUGGGUUAGACUUCCAUAAGCGCUGUGCCUUCCUCCUGCCCAACGACUGCAGUCGGGCUCGUCGGCAGGUCAGCACCAGCCUCUCCCUGUUUCCCCCCCGACGGCCCCGCUCACACUCCCUGUCCAACCAGGCAGGAGGCAGUCUGGAGGAGAUCAGCAUGACGAAGCCCUCCUCCAGACCCCCGUCCUGGGCCGAGGCCCCGGUGUGGCUGGUGGUCGGGUACGGGGACUCCAGCCCGGCUCAGGUUCCUCACACCUUCCACAUCCACAGCUACACCAAACCCACCGUGUGCCAGCACUGCCACCGGCUGCUCAGGGGGCUCUUCAGGCAGGGCCUGCAGUGCUCAGACUGCAGGUUUAACUGCCAUCGGCGCUGCGAGCUGCUCGUCCCCAGAGACUGUCCGGGAGAGAGGAGGGCCGCCAACGGGGAGGAAUCCCCAGCGGUGGGUCAGAGCUGCCCUGCCGACCCGGAGGACAAUGAGCUCAGCACGGUGGAAACCUCGGAGGAGGAGAUGUUCGCCAACGGAGAAUCCACCGCCGAGGGCCAGCAGGACGAGCAGCUGCGGGAGGCCAUGAGUCCGUGCUUCAGCAGCUACAUCCCCCUGAUGAGGCUGGUGCAGUCGGUGCAUCACAGCAAGAGGAGAGCGGGGGGGGUCCUGAGGGAGGGCUGGCUGCUGCACCACACCAACACCGACACACUGAGGAAGCGCCACUACUGGAUCGUGGACUGGAAGAGCAUCACUCUGUAUCAGAACGAGAGCAGCACCAAGUUCUACAAGGAGAUCAGUCUCUCGGAGGUGCUGCAGGUCCGAGGCCCCGCCCACCUCUCCCUGUCGCCAGGCAACAGCGAGCACACCCUGGAGGUGGAGACGGCGGCGCUGGUGUUCUGCGUGGCGGCCGGAGACGAAGCGUCCGUCUGGGAGAGCGCCAUCCGCCAGGCCCUGAUGCCGGUGCAGAGCAGCGUGGGGGGGGGGGAGGAGCAGGAUAAUGAUUCCCGAAGAGACAGCAUGGACAUCAGCUCGGUGUAUCAGAUCUCCACAGACGAGGUUCUGGGCUCGGGACAGUUUGGAGUCGUUUACAAAGGCACUCACAGGAAGUCGGGUCGGCUGGUCGCCAUUGGCGACCAGCCGACCCGACUUCCUGUGAGAGGUGGCCCAAAACCCGACAAAGGCAAGGAUGCGUUUCCACAAGAUCGCCAACGUGAACAAAGCUCUGGACUUCAUCUGCCAGCAAGGGCGUGUGAACUGGGUGUCCAUCGGGGCCUGAGGGUCAAGAAUAUCUCUUUUGGAGCCCUGAGGCCUCGUGAAGUUCAGUUAGUCUCCUCAGCAGCAGCAGCAGACUCACAGGCCGGACUGUUCAACCUGUUUCAGUAG